GCUAAAAACCACUUCAGUUUGACCAAAGAAUCAUAUUUUAAAUAAAUUAAUAAAAAGUUAUGACCGAUCAAAAUGAGCUGGACCAAUUGGCUGCAGCUGAAUUGGAGAGACUGCAACGACAACAUCGCUCGCUGCAAUUGGAGCUUCGUAGUUUGUUAGAAGAGAAGUCUAAGCAAUUAAAGAAACAAAAUCAUAUGAUAACGGUUUUGCAGCAAGAGCAUCAAAAGUUGAAGGAUGAGAUUAACACACUGGAGGGUGGAACGCACGCAAGGAAAAAUACAAAUAAGGAAAAACGCUUGAGCUUUCUUCAGAGGCAAAAUAUCGAGCUGCAACAAGUUUUACAAGGCGAACGAGUCAAACUGUGGGAACUGGAAGGACAUAUCAAGAAGGUGGAGAAGGAGAUCGAAGCAUUGCGUAAGAAUGAAGUAACCGAUAGUUGUUAUAAAGAAAGUAUCGGCAAAGUCCAGAAAAGUGUGGUUAAGUUGGAGAACCGCUUGGAUGUGGUUAAUAAAAAGUGCAGCGAUGUUUUGACUGAGAAUUGUAAACUACGUCACUCUAUCAAUCAUAUGUUGCAAGAUCGCUCUAACUUCAACGAAAUGUGGCAGUCCAUGGUUACUCAAUUCAAUGAGGGUAAGAAAUAUAUAAUGGAAUUGAUAGAUCAGUCCACAGUGGCAUUUGAUUUACGUGAGGAACUUUGCAAUAAACUACAAGUCUUGAAGGAUCGUAGCGAGAAUGAUAAAAUCAUGCAUAUUCAGGAAAUGCGUGAAAUGCAACGUCGUCUCGAACACGAUGCAAAGCUACAGAAAUUUUUCGACAUAAAAGGUCAGAAGCGCUACAAUCCCGAGUUGGAACAACGUGAGGCCAACAAGAAGCUGGCGUUGAAAGAAAACUAUGAAAGACAAUUAGAGGAAUAUCAUGCCAUCAUAGAUGAUAUCAAAGAGCUCUAUGCAGUCGAAGACACGGACAGUUUGACAGCACAAUUCAAACGGCAGGAGGAGGAAAACUUUGCACUUUUCAAUUACGUAAAUGAGUUAAGUCACGAAGUAGAAGCCUUGAAUGAGACAACUCAGGAGUUGAGUGCUGAGAUUGAGCGUCAGAAGGCCGAGCACGAAGAAAAAGAGUUGAAACAGAAAACCGAGGCUUUGGAUUAUUUAAAUAGUGAAUUGGAGAAGAUUGAGCAGGCAUCUCAAGAGGCCAGCGAAAGGAAAUUAACACUCCAUACGCGCUUAGAUCAAAUGUUGCAGGGCAUUUUGGAGAUUUUCAAAGUUCUAUCUUGCGAUGAUGCUCCCAUUUUGAAUGUAUUGAGCUCGAAAACUGUCUUAACGGUACAUAAUGUAAAGCUUUUCGUUGGUGUAAUCGAACGGCGCAUAAAUACCGUUAUAAGCAAUAUAAAUGUGGAUGAAUCGUCAACGAAAAUAUUGGGUCGCAAGGAUCGUGUUCCAAAAUUCAACAUAAAGGAGUCGGCAAAAAAUAAAAAUUAAUUUUCAAGAAUAUUCUUCAUAAGUUUAUACAA